AUGACAAGGUUUUGGGAGAGGCCAUGGCCGUCCUCUAGAUCAGCCCCUGCCCACGAACCCAUUGCUAUAGUAGCCCAAGCCUCUCUUUGUGAUGGGCACGAAAAUGAUGUUCUUAACUCCAAGUGUUCAAACAAAACUGAUCUCAAAGAUGAAAAUCUGUUUUUCAAUAAAGAUACUAAACCCAAAACUUUUUAUAUUGAAAUAGAUGUGGCUGCCUUUGCAAUGUUCAUAUUAGCUGUAUGUUCUCGAAUGUGGCAAUUGAAUGAACCAAGGAGUAUUGUGUUUGACGAAUUGCAUUAUGGCAAAUUUGCAAGUAUGUAUAUGAAAAGGACCUUCUUUUUUGACUCUCAUCCUCCUCUUGGAAAGCAAUUGGUCGCUUUAACAGGGUACUUGACUGGUUUUGAUGGAAACAGUCCUUUUGAAAGAAUUGGAGGUGAAUAUGCCAGUAGUGUCCCUCUUCAAGCUUUACGCUCUGUACCUGCCUUGUUUGGAAGUCUUCUUGUGCCUUUGAUAUAUUAUUUGGUUAUAGAAUUGGGGUCUACUCAUCAUACUGCUGUUUUGGCUGCCGCUCUCAUUAUUGUGGAAAAUGCAUAUUUGACCCAAUCUAGAUUCAUUUUAAUGGAAAGCAUUUUAAUAUAUUUCUCAGCAUUUGGACUACUAGCUUUUCUGAAAUUCAGAAAAGUGCCUAGGGCUUUUAGUUUUCCAUGGUGGUCCUGGUUAUUUCUUAGCAGUGUAUCUCUUACUUGUGCUAUAUGUGUAAAGUAUUCUGGAGUGUUUACUGCUUUCCUUGUGGUCACACUACUUAUAUAUGAUUACUGGCAGUUAAUAUCAGAUGCUACUGUUAGUGCUAUGCAGCUUUUAAUACAUCUGUUUGCAAGAUUUAUAGCAGUCAUCAUAUUGCCAUUAUGUAUUUAUCUUUUCAUAUUUUAUAUCCAUUUGAGCAUAUUGACAAAAGCUGGACCUCAUGAUAACAUCAUGACUAGUGGUUUUCAAGCAAGUUUAGAAGGUGGGUUGGCUUCUAUUACUAAAGGCCAGCCUCUUGAAAUCGCCCAUGGCUCACAAAUAACGUUGCGUCAUACUCAUGGAAGAGCAUGUUGGCUUCAUUCGCAUCCCCAUGUGUAUCCACUGCGUUAUCCUGAUAAGCGAGGCAGUUCCCAUCAGCAGCAGGUUAGUUGCUAUAGUUUUAAAGACGUAAAUAAUUGGUGGAUUGUUAAAAGACCUGACAUAGACGAUUUGGUUGCAUCUGAUCCAAUUGAUAAAAUCAAGCAUGGGGAUGUUGUACAGCUAAUUCAUGGCAUGACAACUCGUGCACUUAACAGUCAUGAUGUUGCUGCUCCUAUGUCUCCCCAAAAUCAAGAAGUUUCUUGUUAUGUUGAUUAUAACAUUUCUUUUCCUGCACAAAAUUUGUGGAAAGUGGAUGUUAUUAAUCGUGAUGCUGAAGGAGAUGUUUGGCACACAAUACAUUCUCAUGUUCGAUUGAUUCAUAUAAAUUCAGGACAAGCAUUAAAAUUUAGUGGAAAACAACUUCCAGAAUGGGGUUUCAAUCAGCAUGAAAUAGUAACAGACAGGGUUAUACACCAAGAUGAUACAAUUUGGAACGUGGAGGAACAUCGCUAUACUAAAAAAUCUGAUCAAAAGGAAAGAGAGCUUGAUAUGGGGAUGGCAGAAUUUGUUCCUUUACAGCCAACAAAGUUGUCUUUCUUUGAAAAAAUGUGGGAAUUGCAGUAUAAAAUGUUUACUACAAAUAGUGAAAAUGUGCAAGAUCACAUGUACAGUUCUGAAGCAUCUGAAUGGCCAUUAAUGACACGUGGUAUAGCAUAUUGGGUUAGUCCUCAUAGCAAUGCACAAAUCCAUUUAUUAGGUAAUUAUGUCACUUGGUAUACUGCAACAUGUGGAAUGAUGUUUUACUUUGUUAUUUUUAUUUUAUACAUGCUAAGAAGACGUAGAUGUUUUAAUGAUGUUCCGCAGGAUGCAUGGGAGAAGUUUUGUACUGCUGGAAAAGUAUGCUUCAUUGGUUAUUUGCUUCAUUUCCUGCCUUACUUUUUUGUUGAUCGAACUUUAUUUUUGCAUCAUUACUUGCCAGCUUAUUUAUUCAAAAUUCUUCUGUUAGUCAUGCUUAUUGAGCAUAUUGCAUUUAUGAUAUGCAAAAUCAGUAAUGAUCAACUUCGGCGGGUAUGUAAAUACAUAUUCUUAACUUCUAUAGCUUUAUGGUUUUUUGCGGUACUAUAUACUUUUAAUGUUUUCCAAGUACUAUCCUAUGGUACCACACCUUUAUCAGCUGAGCAAGUUUUACAAUUGAAAUGGAAGGAUACCUGGGACUUCAUCAUUCAUGUUCAGGAAUGA